UCCCUUUGCUAUUUUGCAGACCUAAGCAAUCUGUCACUUGUUGGCUGUCGUAUUGUAAACAUCGUUAUCAUGGCUGACGAACACCAUGACUAUCCGUUCAAGGCAGAAUACGCCAAAAGCAGUCGAGCUUCUUGUAAAUUUUGCAAGGGAAGUAUCAGCAAAGAAAGUCUGAGAUUGGCGAAAAUGGUCCAGUCUCCUCAUUUUGAUGGAAAGAUGCCAAACUGGUUUCAUUACAGCUGUUUUUGGAAAAGAAAUAAAGCCACAUCUCAUGGAGAAUUUGGUGGGUUAGAAACAUUGAGGUGGGAUGAUCAGCAAAAGAUUAAAGAUAAAAUAGCAGGAAAGGAUAGCGGUGCCACUAAGGGUGAGGGUGAUGGAGAUGACACAGGGUCCUUAGGUGAUGAGUUUUCCCUAGGCUACGCAAAGUCUAAUAGAAGUGUAUGUAGAGGAUGUAACGAGAAAAUAAUGAAGGACACAUUCCGCAUUGCUCGAAUUCUGAUGGAAACCCAACGUGGUAUUCACAUGGCAGUUGAAAAGUGGCACCAUCUUGACUGCUUCUGUGAGAAGCUGGAUGAACUAGGAUGGACAGAAGGCUGUUCACCGGAGGAUAUUCCUGGAUUUAAAGUACUAAAAGACGAAGACAAGAAAGAGUUGCUUGCGAAACUGAAAACCGAUAAAAAGAAUGUUAAACGAAAGACAACUGAAACUGAUGGCACUGCGAAGACUAAAAAACCUAAAACCAAAAAAGAAACCAAAGAAGAGGAAGCUCUGAGGGUUCAGAGUCAGUUCAUUUGGGGUAUUAGAGAUCAGCUUUAUAAACAUGUGCCAAACAGUGACUUGAAGGAGCUAUUGGAGGAAAAUAAUCAAAAUAUUCCAAGCGGUGAAAGCAAGCUUUUAGAGUAUGCGACUGAUGGAAUGGCAUUUGGAGCCUUGUUGCCAUGUCCAGAAUGCAAAGAGGGACAAUUAGUUGUUGGAAGCUCUGGAUAUCGUUGUACUGGCAACAUAACCAGCUGGACUAAAUGUCAAUACAAAACUAAAGAACCCAAACGAAAAAAGUGGAAGAUUCCAGAAAGUCUCAACGACAUUGACUAUCUGAAGAAAUUCAAGUUCAAGGCAUUCAACAAAGGUGUGCGAGUAUUUGAAGAUAAGCCAGAAAUUUCGUCACCUCCAAGUGCAGCGGCCUCGGCUUCCACGAGCAGUUCCCGUAGUGCUCUACAAGACUGCAAAAUAGUACUUGUCGGUAAACUCAGUGAAAGUAAUAAAGAUAUUACGAAAAAGAUUAAGCAGCUUGGUGGAGAAGUAGUGACAAAGAUCAACAAAAAUGUUGCGUGUGUCAUAAGUACUCAAGAUGAAGUUAACAAUAUGAGUAAGAAAAUCAAAGAAGCCAAAGCAGCUGGUGUCCAUGUGGUAUCAGAAGAUUUCUUAAACACUGUUAAAAAAGGAGGAGCUGCCUUGAUGAUUCAGCAAUCUAGUAUUGCUAAUUGGGGGACUGAUCCAGUUACGAGGAUAUCAGUUGGUUCAACAGCAGUGGACUCUGCCAUUAAGAGUGGAGCUUUGAAGAGUGGUGUUAGUGCAAGAGAAGAGAAAAUGUACACAAAAAAGGUACCAGAUAAACUGAAAAUGACUGUGAAAGGUGGAGCGGCUGUUGAUCCAGAUUCUGGUUUAGAGGAUGAAGCACAUGUUUACUCAGCAAAAGGUUCUGUGUAUAACGCCAUCCUGGGUCUCGUUGAUGUUACCAAGGGAACCAAUUCUUACUACAAAUUGCAACUGCUUGAACAUGAUAAUACUAAAAAAUGGUAUGUAUUCAGAGCAUGGGGACGAGUUGGCACCACCAUUGGAGGAAACAAAGUUGAGAAAUUUCACUCUCUGCUCAAUGCAAUGGAUCAUUUCUGUAGUCUCUAUGGUGAGAAGACUGGUAAUGAUUUUGGCACCAAAGAUUUCCAGAAAUAUCCAAAUAAAUUCUACCCAUUGGAGAUGGACUAUGGACAGGAAGAAGAGGAGUUAAAAAAGAUGAAUAUGGAAGUUGGUAGUAAUUCCAAACUACAUAAGUCAAUACAAGAGUUGAUCAAAAUGAUUUUUGAUAUUGAUGAAAUGAAGAAAACUAUGUUAGAAUUUGAAAUUGACCUAAAAAAGAUGCCUCUGGGUAAACUCUCCAAACGUCAGAUUGAGAGCGCAUAUUCAGUAUUGUCUGAAUUACAAAAGUUGUUGGAUGAAGAUAAAGCUACAGACUCGGCCAUCUUAGAUUGUUCAAAUAGAUUUUAUACUCUGAUACCGCAUGAUUUUGGGAUGAAGAAACCACCAAUGUUGGAUAAUAUUGACAUCAUCAAGAACAAGACUCAGAUGUUGGAUAACCUGCUGGACAUUGAGGUGGCAUACAGCUUACUGAAAGGUGGUGACAGCGGUAAAGAUCCUAUUGAUGCAAAUUUUGAAAAACUCAAGUGUGGUAUCGAGGUACUGGAACACAAGAGUGACGAGUUCACAAUGAUUGAGAAGUAUAUGAAAAAUACCCAUGCUGCCACUCAUACUCAGUACUCGUUAGAGUUAUUGGAUGUAUACCAGUUAGACCGUGCUGGGGAAUGUUCCAAAUAUAAGCCGUUCAAACAGUUACACAAUCGUCAGUUAUUAUGGCACGGUUCAAGAACUUCUAACUAUGCUGGUAUACUUUCUCAAGGUUUGCGUAUAGCGCCACCAGAGGCGCCUGUGACUGGUUACAUGUUUGGUAAAGGUGUGUACUUUGCUGACAUGAGCUCCAAGAGCGCCAAUUACUGCCGAACCACACCUAGCAACAAUAUUGGCUUGAUGUUGCUAUGUGAAGUCGCAUUGGGUAAUAUGUACGAGUUAACAAAUGCAAAGUCACUGAGUAAACCACCAAGUGGAAAGCACAGCACUAAAGGUCUUGGUGCCACUGGUCCUGAUCCCACCGCUGCUAUCACUACAAAAGAUGGCGUGACUGUGCCCCUGGGCAAAGGUGCUAUAGAUGGUUCUCUUAAAACUAGCCUUCUGUAUAACGAAUACAUUGUCUAUGAUGUGGCUCAAGUACAAAUGAAAUACCUGUGCAAAGCCAAGUUCAACUACAAGAUUUACUAAGAAGAGUAACAAGCCCAUAUCAUUUCUUUGUUUUAUGAUAGGGCCCGAGUUGAGUCAAAGCAUUUAUGCAAGGCGUUAUUUGAUUUGUUGAAAGGAUCUGUCAACAAAUUGUUAGGUUUAUGCCGCAAAUUAGUCACAAUAUUGUCAGUUAUUUAGACUUGACUCGAUGGUUGUGGCGAUAACUCUUGGGGCUCUUCACAAGGAGUCUUAAAGAUACAGGAGUUAGUACAACACUACACAACACAAGUCAGUCACCCACAUGUGGUAAAAUAUAUUUACAUCUACUAUCCGGGGUUCAAACUUGUAUAGUCUAUGAAUAUAGUUUGGUGGUGCAUAUGAAUAUAGUUUGGUGGUGCAUUUAUUUAAUACAGCUCCUGCUAAAAACCACAGAUAUAUUAAAGGAAAAAACAACAUCUGCAGGAUGUGUGUUAACACCACUAUAGCUGCAAAAUUCAAAUUUUUGUUUUUAUGUUAAAAAAUAUACUUCUUUGAAUUAUCAUACAUAAGAAGAAUCUUUUUUAAUAAUAUAUAUUUUUGCUGUAAACCAACUGUUACUCUAUGUGGGUCCCAUAUUGAACAUGACGUGGAUCAACAACUGUUUCGCUUUAAGUCGGGAGUGCAUAGUUCAGGGUUUAUAUUUAAAAAAAACAGUUGGAGCUUGUAUGAUCCUAGUUACACAAUAUGAAACAAUCGGACAAUGUGCUUAAAAAUGAAAAAAAAAUUCGUUUUGAUGGUAAAAAUAUAUACUGGUGCGUAAAAUUAUCCUUUCAAAAAUAAUGAAUGCCCCCACAGUGCCAUAUGAGAAGCGUCUAUGGUAAGAUGAUCUAGACCCUUCUCUAACUCCCAUAUGACAUUUUGGGGAUUUAUUGUUAUAAAUAACCACCACCAUCCUAAUUAAACGAAUUUAGUUAAAUAUUAUACUACUCUGAUAGUAACCAUAGUAACCAUUUACUGUUAAUAACUUAUGGAGAAUUGCAAACCAUUAUAUACAGGUGAUUUUUUGCUCACUGUUAGAUCUCUCGUAUUGCGUGAAAAGGCGCAGAUCGAACUACUGUCACACAAAUCGAAGUGAUUUGAACUUGAAUUUCUUUUUUUAUAGCUAUGUCAAAAAUCUUUGAGUGGGGAAUAUUGCAUGGAGAUACCCUUACAUCAUCAAAUGUUUUUAGAACAUUUAUUAAAGCAUGGGUAAUCCUAAAAUACUUGAAUCUUGUGCAAUGUUUUAACGUCACCGUGAACUUUGUUUGUUCUGUUUUAAGUCACGCUUAACACAGGAUCAUAUAGUGAACGAAGUCAAGACUACUACUAUGUGUAGUAGAAUGCAUUUUGUCCAUGGUCAAUGAUUACAGUGGUAGAGAAUCUGAUUAUAGUUAAUUAUGUAAACAUUCAGUGAAUUAAGCUUUACAGUGGUUUCAGAGAAUAUUUGUUUACGAUUCUGAAAGGUACACAUUUGUUUAAAAGUGUCAAGACAUUUCUGAAAAAGCAUUUUCACUUGUCUGUAAAUUUAGUGAAGAAUUCAUUGGCAGAUCAUUGUAUAUGGAAUAUAAUUUGAUGAAUAAAUUACACUACCUUUUCAAUAU